GACGGGCGAGCGCCGCGUAGCGUCACCUGCUUUGUCCGGUUCUCCUGCGUGUGGGCCCCACGGGCGCCUCUUUCCCGCGGCCGGCAUCAUGGGCCGGGAGUCACGUCACUAUCGGAAACGAUCAGCAUCACGGGGACGCUCUGGAAGUCGAUCUAGAAGUCGCUCACCCUCGGACAAAAGAAGUAAACGUGGAGAUGACAGAAGGUCUAGAAGCAGAGAUAGAGAUAGGAGGAGAGAGAGAUCUCGUAGCAGGGAUAAAAGAAGAUCUCGGUCAAGAGACAGGAAGCGUCUGAGGCGUUCCAGAAGUAGAGAGAGAGACAGAAGUCGAGAGCGAAGAAGAUCUCGAAGUCGAGAUAGGAGGCGCUCAAAGAGUAGAAGCCGAGGCCGACGAUCCCGAUCCUCCAGUCCUGGCAAUAAAAGCAAGAAAGCUGAGAAUAGAAGGUCUAGGUCCAAAGAGAAAACAGAUAGUGGAGAAAGUUCUAAAGAGAAGAAAAAAGACAAAGAUGACAAGGAGGAUGAAAAAGAAAAGGAUGCUGGCAACUUUGAUCAAAAUAAGCUGGAAGAAGAAAUGAGAAAAAGGAAAGAAAGAGUAGAAAAAUGGCGAGAAGAGCAACGCAAAAAGGCCAUGGAAAACAUCGGAGAACUGAAAAAGGAAAUUGAAGAGAUGAAACAAGGGAAAAAAUGGAGUUUAGAAGAUGAUGAUGAUGAUGAAGAGGAUCCUGCGGAAGCUGAGAAGGAAGGAAAUGAAAUGGAGGGUGAGGAGUUAGAUCCAUUAGAUGCUUACAUGGAAGAAGUGAAAGAGGAAGUAAAAAAGUUUAACAUGAGAAGUGUAAAAGGUGGUGGGGGAAAUGAAAAGAAGUCUGGGCCAACAGUCACAAAAGUUGUCACUGUUGUGACAACCAAAAAAGCAGUUGUGGAUUCUGAUAAGAAGAAAGGUGAGCUGAUGGAGAAUGACCAGGAUGCCAUGGAGUAUUCUUCAGAGGAGGAAGAAGUUGAUCUUCAGACGGCCCUCACAGGUUAUCAGACAAAACAGAGAAAGCUUCUAGAACCAGUAGAUCACGGGAAGAUUGAAUACGAACCUUUCAGAAAAAACUUUUAUGUUGAAGUUCCAGAACUAGCGAAAAUGUCUCAAGAGGAGGUGAAUGUCUUUCGAUUGGAAAUGGAGGGCAUUACUGUCAAGGGAAAAGGUUGCCCCAAACCAAUUAAAUCUUGGGUUCAGUGUGGAAUUUCUAUGAAGAUCUUAAAUUCUCUCAAAAAGCAUGGCUAUGAAAAGCCCACACCAAUCCAAACUCAGGCGAUUCCUGCUAUAAUGUCUGGACGAGACUUGAUUGGUAUUGCCAAGACCGGAAGUGGAAAGACUAUUGCUUUUCUGUUGCCAAUGUUUAGACACAUCAUGGAUCAGAGAUCAUUAGAAGAAGGAGAGGGGCCAAUAGCUGUCAUCAUGACUCCAACUCGAGAACUGGCUUUACAAAUCACUAAAGAAUGUAAGAAGUUUUCGAAGACCUUGGGACUUAGAGUGGUCUGUGUUUAUGGAGGAACCGGAAUCAGUGAGCAGAUUGCUGAACUGAAAAGAGGUGCUGAAAUCAUUGUUUGUACACCUGGUCGAAUGAUUGACAUGUUAGCAGCUAACAGUGGUCGGGUCACAAAUCUUCGAAGAGUGACAUAUGUUGUGUUAGAUGAAGCAGACAGAAUGUUCGAUAUGGGUUUUGAACCACAGGUCAUGCGUAUUGUGGAUAAUGUCCGUCCUGAUCGACAGACAGUUAUGUUUUCAGCUACUUUCCCCAGAGCUAUGGAGGCUUUGGCUCGAAGAAUCCUGAGUAAACCCAUUGAAGUGCAGGUUGGAGGCAGGAGUGUGGUUUGCUCGGAUGUGGAGCAGCAAGUGAUUGUGAUUGAAGAAGAAAAGAAAUUCUUGAAGUUACUUGAGCUUCUGGGCCAUUAUCAGGAAUCUGGAUCUGUCAUUAUAUUUGUGGAUAAGCAGGAACAUGCUGAUGGUCUUCUGAAAGAUUUAAUGAGAGCAUCUUAUCCUUGCAUGUCUCUUCAUGGAGGUAUUGAUCAAUAUGACAGAGAUAGCAUCAUAAAUGACUUUAAGAAUGGGACCUGCAAACUUCUUGUGGCUACUUCUGUUGCUGCCCGAGGUCUAGAUGUGAAACAUCUGAUUCUUGUAGUAAAUUACAGCUGUCCCAACCAUUAUGAAGAUUAUGUGCACAGAGCAGGACGGACUGGAAGAGCAGGCAACAAAGGUUAUGCAUAUACUUUUAUCACAGAAGAUCAAGCUCGCUAUGCUGGUGAUAUCAUUAAAGCUCUUGAAUUGUCAGGGACUGCAGUGCCUCCUGAUCUAGAGAAACUUUGGAGUGAUUUCAAAGAUCAACAAAAAGCUGAAGGGAAAAUAAUUAAAAAGAGUAGUGGGUUCUCUGGUAAGGGCUUCAAGUUUGAUGAAACAGAACAAGCUUUGGCUAAUGAGAGGAAGAAAUUACAAAAAGCAGCUCUUGGUCUGCAAGAUUCAGAUGAUGAGGAUGCUGCAGUUGAUAUUGAUGAGCAAAUUGAAAGCAUGUUUAAUUCAAAGAAGAGAGUGAAGGAUAUGGCUGCUCCUGGAACAUCUAGUGUUCCUGCUCCAACUGCAGGAAAUGCUGAGAAAUUAGAAAUUGCUAAGAGAUUGGCUCUUAGAAUCAAUGCUCAGAAGAAUUUGGGCAUAGAGUCUCAGGUAGAUGUGAUGCAACAGGCCACCAAUGCAAUUCUCAGAGGUGGCACCAUCCUAGCUCCUACGGUGUCUGCAAAAACCAUUGCAGAGCAACUUGCUGAGAAGAUCAAUGCUAAGCUCAAUUAUGUGCCUUUGGAAAAACAAGAAGAGGAGAGACAGGAUGGUGGGCAGAACGAAUCUUUUAAGAGAUAUGAGGAAGAAUUAGAGAUCAAUGACUUCCCACAGACUGCUAGGUGGAAAGUUACCUCUAAGGAAGCUCUGCAGAGAAUCAGUGAGUAUUCUGAAGCUGCAAUUACAAUCAGAGGAACAUACUUCCCACCUGGCAAGGAACCCAAGGAAGGAGAGCGGAAAAUUUACUUGGCAAUUGAAAGUGCUAAUGAACUGGCCGUGCAGAAAGCAAAGGCAGAAAUCACCAGGCUCAUAAAAGAAGAACUGAUCCGGCUGCAAAAUUCAUACCAACCAACAAAUAAAGGAAGAUACAAAGUCUUAUAAAAACAUCUGGAAAAAGCUUUUUACCUAUACUGGUCAUGAUACAUGUGGCAAUUGUUGUGUGCAGUUUACAAUGUAUUGUAAAUUAAGAUUUUUUUUUUUAAAUUCUGCCUUGCUGUUUUUUUAAAUACAAGAAACCAGUAUUUGCUAAAGAUAUCU